AUGCCGGGUCGCCCACCGAAGCGACCGGCGGAAGCUGGCGAUGCUGCUGCUACGUCUGAUGGCGACGCCGCUCCUGCAGCCGCCGCCAAGGUGAAGCUGCCGCGACUCGAGAAAAGUGGCCAGGAGGACUUCUCUUCCGUCGUCAAGAACCGCCUGUCGUCCUACACGAGGACCGGACAGGCCUGCGACAGAUGCAAGGUUAGGAAGAUCCGAUGCGAUGCUCUCCCCGAAGGAUGCUCCCACUGCAUCAACCAGAACCUCGAAUGCUUCGUCACCGAUCGCGUCACCGGCCGAACCGAACGAAGAGGUUACCUUCAGGAGCUCGAGAGGGAGAAGACGGACAUGAUGAACCACGUGCGCGAACUCGAGAAGCUCCUGGAGAACAACGGAAUCGAGGUCAAGCCCUACAACUGGUCCCCCUACGGCACAAACUACCCGCCUCCCGGCGUCACCUACGACCACAUGGGCAACCCCAUUGAGGACCCUGCCGAGAAGGAUGCCUGGACCAAGGUCGGCUCGGUCUGGGUCAAGAACUACAGCUACAAGCCCGCGGGCAGCCGCUCGUUCCCACGGUCGACCCUCGAGUCGCGUCCCGUUCACAACCAUCUGGGUGUCGGGUCCGACAGCGCGCCUCUCAGCUCCAUCAAGGGCACCCAGCUCUCGAUCCUAGGAAUGACGAUUGACGUUACAUCCUUCGACGCUCCUGAUAUGGACGAGCCAGUGCCCGAUGCGAAAGCCUCGCAACCCCUGUACAACAAGUCUCUCCAGUCGUUUCUCCAAUCAUGCAUGAACAUGAAUCCUCCCGUCAACAUCGAGCUCCCCUCGAGGAGCGACGCCUUCACCUACUCGGAGUGGUACUUCCUCAUGAUAUGGCCUUUCCUUCCCGUUCUGCACAAGCCUACCUUUAUGAACAUCCUGACGCGCAUGUACGAUGAACCCGACUUCGAGCCGAGCAUCCCUGACCAAGUCAUGGUGCACAUGGUCUUCGCCACAAUCUACUUUCAGUACGGUGUGCGGAACUGGGAGCAGCAAGAGACUCGCUCCCAGCUCAACGAACUGUCCAACAAGCACUAUCACUGGGCCCUGAGCAAAAUGUUCGACUUGGCGUCUUCACAAACCGUGGCGGCCGUCCAGGCCAUGGCCAUGAUUUGCGCACAUAGCCGCAGCUUCCCCAAACCUGGAUGUGGCUCCAUGGUUACCAACUUUGCCUUCCAUCGCGCCAUCGACUUGAACAUGCACCGCGCCAUGAAGGGGCCCGGUGAGACGACAAAUCUGGAGAACGAGAUCCGCAAGCGCACAUGGUGGACCAUCCUCCUCGUCUAUGUCACGUUGAACGGACGUCUCGGAAGGCCGAUGCCGAUCACGGUCGAGGAGUACGACGUCGAUUUCCCGGAGCCCAUUCCUGACGAGGCCCUCACGCCAGACGGGGUAGACCCGUCCGUCACGACACCUUGUACCUACCACGUUGGAUUGGCUGGCUUCAAGAUUCUGCCUCUCUUCAUGGAGAUGUACUCCAACAUAUACAGCGUCAAGCGCGAUCCUAAGAACUACGCCGACGUGGUUGACUCCCUCGAGGAGCAGCUUCGAUUGUGGAAGGAAAAUCUACCCGAAUCUCUGCAGAUCAACCCUGGCCAGACGGAGCACGAAGGCCGGAUGUACGCUUUGUAUAUCCAAAUGUAUGCCCUCGAAUUCCGUCUCUGUCUGCGUCACCCGUCGGUGGCCAUGACCAGCGACCGGAAGAUGAUUCUCGAGAACGCCCGCAUUUGCGAGGAAACUGCUGCGCACAUGCUGAAUGCCGUCAAGGCCCUCGACAAGUUGAAGUGCCUAGACACGACGUGGUAUCAGAUGGCCCUUUAUGGUGCUGCCAUCUUUACCACCUUGGUUGCCCACUGGGAACGAAGAUUCGAGGCGACGCCCAAUCAGAUUGCCACCCUUCGCGAAGAAAUGAAGGGGUGGAUGGAGAUCAUCAAUGCGACAGUGUCGCUCCUAGGAACCGGUGCUCGAAUCAGUAGCGAAAUCAACGUCAUCAUCGAGAGGACCAUCAGUUGGAUCGAGCACGAUCAGAAACAAAAGGACUCUUCACUUCCCCCGGCGAUCAAGCCUGACCCGGCAGAAUCAUCGCCCUUCCAGCUUUCAUCUCAGCCCCCGACAACGCAAGCGCUGGCUGUCAGCGCCGCCGAGACGGCGGCCAAGGCCUUCUACCCAGACUCUGGGGCCCAAAACGGAACAACUCCGUACCCGUCCCUCGCCUAUGCUGAGCAGCCGUCCAACAAUAACAACGUGCCGUCGACGACAGCCUUUGAGACGAACAACGGCUACUCAUACACGUCUGCGGGGCAGGCCACGAGCGCGGCGGACGACAACUCGGCCGAGACCAACCCAUUGAUUGCCUUCGCAUCCCAAGCCACUCAACACGUCGCGGACCCCGCUGGCUCUGCAGCGGCGGCCGAGCUCCUAUGGAGACAAUCGGCAUCACAAGGGAACACCUGGCAUGACUGGACAGCAGCCAUGGCCGACAGCCAGGACAGGUACAGUGCCAACGCCCUGCUUACCUUGGGUGGCGCAUCUCGGGAUCCGGGUGCGGUGACGGAGGCGUCAACUGUCGCCGACAUGGCUGCCGUAUCGGCUCCGGUCGGCCAGUGGCCACUCCUCAUUUUCGACGGUGCAGGAAUGCCUGGUGGCCAGUAG